AGGCGUGUCCCUGCAUAGGCUCCGCUCACUCGCUGCAUCGCCCCGGCAACGAGGCGAAGCGGUGGGGCGGCUGUUCGCGGUUGGCAGCGCUGGGCCGGAGCGCUGCGGAUCUGCUGAGAAUUACCAUGCACUUCUAUCUCUCAGUGGAUCUCAAAAUACAUGUAAUUCAGAGGAGACCGGUGACCAUCCUGCUCUGUUAUGAGGAAACAUCCAGCAACCUUAGGCUAUCUGGAAGAAGAUUUCUCUAAAAAAAAAAAAAAAUAUCAAAAGGCAAAAAAUCCUUCAAAAGUACAGAAGACAUCCAGAAUUUCAUAAACCUUUGGCCAUUGUAGUUUAAUAAGAAAAAAUGAACCGUUACACAAUCAUGAAGCAGCUGGGUGAUGGCACCUAUGGCAGUGUCUUGAUGGGAAAGAGCAAUGAAUCAGGAGAGCUUGUGGCCAUCAAACGAAUGAAAAGGAAGUUCUAUUCAUGGGAUGAGUGCAUGAAUUUGAGAGAAGUCAAGUCUCUGAAGAAGCUAAAUCAUGCCAAUGUAAUAAAAUUGAAAGAAGUCAUAAGAGAAAAUGACCACCUUUACUUUGUGUUUGAAUACAUGAAGGAAAAUCUCUAUCAAUUGAUGAAGGACAGAAACAAGUUGUUCCCUGAGUCAGUCAUCAGAAACAUGAUGUAUCAGAUAUUGCAAGGGUUAGCUUUCAUCCAUAAACACGGAUUUUUUCAUAGAGACAUGAAGCCUGAAAACCUUCUUUGUAUUGGUCCAGAACUUGUAAAAAUAGCUGAUUUUGGUUUGGCUAGAGAGCUGAGAUCUCAGCCACCGUAUACAGAUUACGUAUCCACCAGGUGGUACCGUGCUCCUGAAGUUCUGCUGCGAUCAUCCAUUUAUAGCUCCCCUAUUGAUAUAUGGGCAGUUGGCAGCAUCAUGGCUGAAUUAUACACACUAAGACCCCUUUUCCCAGGCACAAGUGAAGUAGAUGAAAUCUUCAAAAUUUGCCAAGUAUUAGGAACUCCAAAGAAGAGUGACUGGCCAGAAGGAUACCACCUCUCUUCUGCCAUGAAUUUUCGUUUCCCACAGUGCGUCCCUAUAAGUUUAAAAACUCUCAUCCCAAAUGCAAGCAGUGAAGCCAUACAGCUUAUGAGUGAUAUGCUGAACUGGAAUCCAAAGAAGAGACCUACGGCAAGCCAGGCACUGAAGUACCCUUACUUUCAAGUUGGCCAAGUUUUAGGACCUCCUCCACAAUAUUUGGAGAAGCAGACUCCUAUUAAACCAGUGCAGUCAACAGAACCAAAGCCAACUUUACCCAAACUGGAAGCUGUAUCCAAGCCAGAGCCUCUGUCUUCACCUGAUGAACCUGACAAAACACAGCCACAGUCUCUGUCAAAGGCUAAUCACCAGCCUCUCCAGCAAAUUCAGUUGCCCCAGAAUACAGCUAACCAGCAAGCAUCAAAACAGCAGCAGUCACAGGCACAGUCAUUUUUUCCAGCUAUCAGUAAAGACUCAUCUGGGAAACAAGCAGCUAGUGGCCCCCAGAAUGGCACAGUAGGUCCUAAAAGUUGCAGGAGACGAUGGGGUCAGACUUUGAUAAAGGCUGUGGACAGCUGGGAUGAAUUGGAUGAUGCUGAAUUUGGAAUGUCGUGUUCAAAGAAGCCUAGCAUUGCACUGUUAAAAGAAAAGAAAAACAAGGAAUGUCUUUUUAGUGUGCCAGAACCAAAAGUUUCACAUUAUAUCCAGCCAGGAGCAGAAAAUAAAGGUAUAGUGAGAAAUGAUUCUGGAAGAUCCAAUACAACAGCAAAACAGUACUAUCUAAGACAAUCAAGAUAUCUGCCAGGUGUAAACCCUAAGACUGUCUCUUUAGUAGCAAUCAAUAAAGAAGGAUCUCAUGGAACCUGGAACAACCAGCUGUUUUCCAAGCCAUUGGCACAUGUUGGAGAAGGACUGCCUUUCAACAGAAAUAAUACAGGAAACUCUGACUUUGUGGGAGGUGCUGCUUACAACCCAUCAGGAGGAUACAUCCCUUCCUUUCAUAAGAAAGAAGUUGGAUCAGUUGGACAACGGAUACAGCUAGCUCCUAUUGCUCCAUCUGUAUCUGAUUAUUCCUGGAAAACCAAAGCUGCUCGUACUCAGUUAGCAGGUCCUACUUACAAUUCAGCAAAAAACAUGAAUAUUUUAACUCAUGCACCAACAAUUCAGCCAGUCCAUGGAAGAACAGACUGGAUGGCUAAAUAUGGAGGACACAGAUAGAAAAUGCCAUCUUGAACAAAGCUCACAUGAUACCUGCACAGUUCUCCUGCCUGAAAUGCCUAUUUGCUCUAAUCUUUCUUAAGAGCUAUGCAAUAGUAAAGACAAAAACAGACAACCUUGUGUUCUAUGACCUAUGGACAAAAAAAAAAAAGUCACAUUAUUUAAAAUACUGGCCAUUAGGUAGGAUUUCAUGAAGUAUUGUACAACACAUCUUGCCAAAUCUAUCACGUAUUUAAAAGUAAUGAGAAGUAGAUUUCACCUGAUGUUUUUCUUCUACAGAAGACUUCCUAUCAGCGUACUUUUAAAAAGAAGAGCUUUAGUUUUUUGCCCUAUGCAAAAGCUCACCAUUGUCAUAAGCUGCUUUCAUGUACGCAAGCAGCUAGAAUUGGGGCUGAUACACUGGCUCCUUCCUGGAAACGUGAAAGUAAAAGCACAGACUGGGCUUUGUGAAGAACACCAGUGUCCUACAAGGAUUUCAGAACUCACUUGUACCUAAAGAGUUGCUCAGGGUCUGUAAUGUGUAAAUGCAGUGAGAACCCCUUACAGCUGGACAUAAGCAAUAUGGUGACAAUUACUGCACCUGGAAGCUUUGAAAAUAUUCCAGUAGCAACACUGGAAAAUAGCUAAGCAAGUACUGAAUGCUGCACUUACCUCACCGAGCUGUAGUGAAGCUUAAAACUAGACUGUUAAAAUUAGUUUAUGACCACUUUUAGUUGAAGAUCAGUGGAGAAUUACAUCUCCCUUAUCAAAGGUAUAUCACAGUGAUGUUUUAAGGAAUCCAAAUCCCAGUCUCAUCAGCUGUUCUAAUGGUGAAUUAGCCAAAAAAGGCAUAAGUGGUUGGUAAACAUCUUACUGGGUGAUGACAUAAACUAGACUUCUCCAUAACUUAAAGAAGCCCCAUGAAUUAUGAGGGAAGAAAUAAAGCUGCUUUUCAAAGAGGUUACUUUCUGUUUUAGAUCUUAAAAACCAGCUUAAGUCCUUGAGAAUACAUACAAGCUUUAAUAAUGCAAUACCUCAAUGUUUAUAUGCUCAUGUCAUACUUUCCUUGGCACCUAUGCUAAGUUUUACAGUAAUAUCUUGCAAAGGACCUUCCAAUGUACAAUAAAUAUAUUUUUUUAAUGUUGAUCUAGGCUACUUCUGUACACAGCUGUGUUUAGAAUAGAUGUUUUGGUAGUAAUAUUAAACCUGCCAUUUUAAAAUAAUACAAAACGAGUAUGUUAUUUAAAGAUGUGAAACUGAUGAAUACUUUUUUUAACUGCAUAUAAUGUUUUCAGUUCCUGUUUUGACCUAAUGUGCUGUAAUACUUGGGCUACAUAACCUACUGGAAGUUAAUUUAAACUGAAGCAGUAGCAUAAAAAAAAACACCAAAAAAAUGUUACUUUAAUACUGGAAGUGAUUUAUAGAGAACUGGAUAUCAGGUUAGUAACACACUAGAAGAUUUAAUUACUAUUGGUUUUGUCUCA